ACCCGGCCACCAAGCUCUUGGGGGCCGAACUAGAGUGGCAGCGCUCUUCACUUUGUAAUGACAGCGUUUGUUUACAAGUUUCGCUUGAUAUUUUUGAGACAGUUACCUAUCCUUAAAACCUCAUCACAUUGCCUGAUGAUUGAUCGCCAGGCACAGUGUUACACAGCUGGUGAAUGGCGGUUUCUACUUCCGUUCCCAGGUUCUUUCAUUAUACCUAAUGAGUGGUCCUCGGGAAGAAUGGUAACAAUAGUUACCAACUACUGUGUAUCUUACCUGAACUUGAUAAUCUGUGCUUUAGCCUUGAACCCAGUAAAGUAUGUCAUGGUUUACUUUUCUUAAUGCGGGAGAAACAAACACAAGUACAAAGAAGCUAAUACCGUUCCAAAGCCCUAAGUGGUAAAACCUCACAUAAAAAGUCAAGGCUUAAAGUUCAAAUUAAUUUUAUCUUUGUGUCAACGUGAUAAAAGUACCUGGAUGCUUAUAACUUGGGCAUUCAGUAAAUAAAUAUUGAUUUAUCUCUUUAUACUCUUUUUGGAAAUCCUUGAGAAAAGUGCAGAAAGGAUUCUCGAAUAUUCGACUCAGUGAUCAUGUGUCCCUUGAAGUCAUUUCUCCCUUUGGGACACAGAAAGGAACUUUCCAGGCGUUCAUUUUCUGUUAAACUAGGAAGACAGCUAUCAAUUUUGUUUAUAAUUUAUGCCCUGCUACACUAACUGGUAUCUGAGAUGACCUCACACUUAAAACAAGAAUGACAGGUGCAUUAAAGAUAGCAAGUAGGAAUUAAACCAGGUGACCUUUGAGGUCUCAGACUGAGUACAAAUUUCUUUCCUAUUUGAAUCCUACACAACCCAACUUGCUAUUGGACAAAAGGCCAUUUUUCUCCCUCCCCUGCUGCUUUAAGCAUCUAAGGGCCCUAAAAUUACGCCUUUUCCCUAAAAUACUCCUUAGGAAUAAGAUUUCUUAAUUCUGUUAUCCUGACCACCUGGAAUGGAAUUAUUCCUUCAUCUACACCAUAAGUGUUAAUUUGGAUUUUGCUUUUGUUUGAAAUAAGUCUGGACUUUUGUCUUUCCAGCUGCCAUCUCUUUUCUUUAGGAUUGUUACUUAAAAUGCAGACUAGUCACAAAGGGCUUGUCCUGUGCUUAGUUUUAAUAUUCUCUCCUGACCUUUUUUGCAAAUUCCUUAAGUGCUGUGUUAUUUCACUAUAAGUUCAUAGCUGUAGUUCUUUGAAGAAAAUGAGUAUUAGUUCUUUUGUGGAUGUUUGAAUGCAAGAUUGAGGUUUAUAUCAGCACAUUUAAGUCUACUGCACAGCUAAGACUGGCACACACCUAAGACUGUUUGGAUUCUACACACAACUCCCAUACAAGAGCUUUUAGCUGCUCGACCAUUGUGAUACAGUGUUGAACAGAGUGAGAAGCCAUAAGUUCUAAUUUCUAUUUGUGAAGUGGAUUCAGCCUUACAGCUGUGAUAUUACAGAUUUACCAACAGCAUGAAUCAAGAAAAGUUAGCCAAACUUCAAGCUCAGGUCCGGAUAGGGGGCAAGGGGACAGCUCGCAGAAAGAAGAAGGUGGUACAUAGGACAGCUACUGCUGAUGACAAAAAGCUUCAGAGUUCACUAAAGAAACUGGCUGUGAACAAUAUAGCUGGUAUUGAAGAGGUGAACAUGAUUAAAGACGAUGGCACAGUUAUUCAUUUCAACAACCCCAAAGUCCAAGCUUCCCUCUCCGCUAACACCUUUGCAAUUACUGGUCAUGCAGAAGCCAAACCAAUCACAGAAAUGCUUCCUGGAAUAUUAAGUCAGCUUGGUGCUGACAGCUUAACGAGCCUUAGAAAGUUAGCUGAACAGUUCCCACGACAAGUGUUGGAUAGUAAAGCACCCAAACCAGAAGACAUUGAUGAAGAGGAUGAUGACGUUCCAGAUCUUGUAGAAAAUUUUGAUGAAGCAUCGAAAAAUGAAGCUAACUAAAAUCCUCUGGGUUUUGGAAGCUGGCAUGGACUAGAUUUAACAAUCAGCUCUGUUGUUCCAAAGUUUUACAGACACGGAGAACAGCACCUGUUAUUAGUUCAGUAAUAUGAAUAUUUUGUAUAUCAGUGAUGCUGUUCGCUCAGCAGUCCUCGGUCGUUUGAUUUUGCAUUUUGCACUUCUUCCCAGGAGCUAUCUUCCCAGGAGCUAUUCUUUUGGUCAAAAUAUGAAGUAUUGGUACAGUUUGAGGGUGGUCUUUGUUUUUGGGGGGGGAACUUAUGGUGUGUAUGUAUAUGUAUGUGUGUGGGUGUGUGUGUACACAGUGGACAGCAGAUUGGAUAACAGUUAUAUCUGUUCUAUUCCUUUCCCAAUAGAAAUAAAGCAAAUCUUUACAUUU